GUAAGAGGACGGAAGGCCAGGGCUGCUCACACUCACUCAUCUGUGAGAAAGUACAAAAGCAAGAGAAACCUGGCCGAGGGCAGCGGCUCAGCGGGAGCUCCGCGUGGGACCAGGGCCGGCUCUUACCUGGGCUCAGAACCGUGGAGAGGAGACCCCACCGUUCAGCCACUGGCAACCGCACUGGUGCCGAGGCAUGGAAGAUUUGGAAAGAGCAGAGCUCAGUCCCUAACCCUGAUGCCCUGUGUGGCCUCAGCCAAAUGUUUCAGCGCCUCUGAGCCUCCAUUAUCUGUGAAGCAACAAUAACCAUAAUCCCCUGCUCCAGCAUGCUGGGAAUUGAACCAAGGGCCUCUGACAUGCUAGUGCUGCAGCAGAGUGGGGAGCCGCGGAGAGGCAGACCCCAUGGAGGGGUGUCAGGAGACGCAGGCGGCCAACGGCUCUGUGGCCCACUUGGACUUCAACCCCAUGAAGGACUACAUGGUCUUGAGUGGUCCCCAGAGGGUAGUUGUCGCGGUGCUGUGCACGAUUCUGGGCCUGCUCAGCGCCCUGGAGAACGCGACUGUGCUCUAUCUGACCCUGUCCUCCCACCGGCUCCGCAGGAAGCCCUCGUACCUGUUCAUAGGCAGCUUGGCUGGAGCCGACCUCCUGGCCAGCAUAAUCUUCGUCUGUAGCUUUGUCAACUUCCACGUCUUCCAUGGCGUGGACUCCAAGGCCAUCUUCCUGCUGAAGAUCUGCAGCGUGACCAUGACCUUCACAGCCUCGGUGGGCAGCCUGCUGCUGACCGCCGUCGACCGCUACCUCUGUCUGCGCCACCCACUGACAUACAAAGCUCUGCUCACCCUAGGGAGGGCGCUGGCGGCCCUGGGCAUCAUGUGGGUCGUCUCCGCGCUCGUGUCCUACCUGCCGCUCGCGGGAUGGACCUGCUGUCCCAGCCUCUGCUCUGAGCUUUUCCCGUUGAUCCCUAAUGACUACCUGCUGGGCUGGCUCCUGUUCAUUGCCGUCCUCUUCUCUGGCAUCUUCUACACCUACGGCCAUGUCCUCUGGAGGGCCCAUCAGCACGUAGCCAGCCUGGCUGAACACCAGGACAAGCCGGUGCCAGGAAUGACCCGGAUGAGGCUGGAUGUGAGGUUGGCCAAGACGCUGGGGCUGCUGCUGGCUGUGCUGUGCAUGUGCUGGUUCCCCGCCUUGGCCCUCAUGGUCUACAGCCUGGCCAGCACGAUGAGCGACAAGGUCAAGAAAAUCUUCGCGUUCUGCUCCAUCCUCUGCCUUCUGAACUCCAUGGUGAACCCUAUCAUCUACGCCUGGCGCAGCGGGGAAAUCCGCUCUUCGGCCCGGCACCGCCUGGUCCACUGGAAGAAGUGCCUGAGGGGACUUGGGCUGGAGGGAAAAGAAGAAGCCCCCAGGUCCUCCGUGAAGUCCUCCAUCACAGAGACAGAGGCUGACAUGAACACCACCCCGGGUCCGGCUCCCAGAGAUCUGAUCCACUUGGAUCCCUGAUAGGGCCUGUUUUGCUGUCUUAAACAACCCAGCCAGAGAGUGUGUCUCUCUCUGGAGAAGACAGAGAGAGGUACUGGCCUUGCCACCUUUCUUAAACCAGCCCCAGGGGGACACUGACGCUUUGUGCUGGGGAGCACGGCCGCCCCUCUGGGAGGGUGGGCUGGCCACGCUGCCUGCACGCGGCCACUGGGGGCCCAGGGCCCAGGACAGGCUCAGUUCACAUCAGGUCAGACCCACAGCUGGCCUAGGGCCUGCAUCCUCCCAGACCACAGACCCACAGGGAGCCCCAGGGCCUGCACGAGGGACUUGGGGGAGCUCCAAGCUCCAGCAGGACGGGACUGCUCUCCUGGGAACGCGGGGUAUCCGGUGGGCUCUCCAGGGAGUGGCUGCUCCUUCUAAUCAUCAGGGCCUCCGUGGUUCUGAAGCUAUGAAAGGCCCCACCUUCAGGCUGUCCCACCCCGCUAAGGAUCGAGAACUGGGAUGUGUUGUGGAUGAAGGGUGUGACCCCCUUUUCCAGAGAUAAAUGGUGAGACUUCUGCUCAA